AUGUCCAGAGCAGACCAGCACGACUCGGAUCCCCUUUCUCUCUAUCGCCACUCCCAGGAUAGAGACUAUGGCCAGCAUACCACCUUUGUCCAGCAGGAUCGCAGGCCAUCGGUCUAUGCAGGCGCCAUGGCACGAUCGCUCGCUCUCCAGGAGCAUCGUGACUUCAAUUAUGGCCUCCCAGCCGAAACAAACACACACAAUCCCACCUCAACUCUCCCCCAUCUUUCCUCUUUUCCUGUCUUCAACCAUCAUAAUCACCGCCCCUCCCCCCCGCAAAACUCCGCCAGCGCUAUAUUUCCCUCUACCAGUCCUACCGACCGCGACUCUCCUUUCUAUCGCCAGUCCCAGGCCUCCAGUGCCGCCGUUGCUGCAGCUACCUCUAUUGCAUCUCGCUCAACCCUUUGGUGGAGCGAGCUAGAGCCUUGGAUGGAUGAAGAGUAUGUCAAACAAGUCUGUGGUCUCAUGAAUUGGGACCCGGCGAGCAUCAAGGUUCCCCAUCCCGCCCCAGAUCCUACUACCGGCCAGCAGGCAAACAAUCCGGGUUACUGUUUUUUGACUUUCCCGUCCCCCGCCCACGCCGCCUCCGUUCUCGCCCAGAUCAACAAGGGCGGGCCCCUCACGAUGCCUAAUUCGUCCAAGCCAUUUGUCAUGAAUUGGGCGUCCUCCACCGCUACUGCAUCGCCUUUGACUACUUCUUUCCCGUCCACAGCGAUUCCUCAGACUCCCGCCGCUACACAACAGUAUCCCAAGGAAUAUAGCAUUUUUGUCGGCGAUUUAGCGCCAGAGACUUCCAAUUCCGAUUUGGUGGCCGUAUUCCGUAAUCCAGUCCUUGGACUACGCAAUGACAGAGAGCCAAAGUUUAUCAGACCGUUCCUGAGCUGCAAGAGCGCCAAAAUUAUGCUCGAUCCGUCAACCGGUGUCUCUAGGGGCUAUGGAUUUGUCCGAUUCACAGACGAGGCAGAUCAGCAGCGCGCCUUGAUUGAAAUGCAUGGACUUUACUGUCUAUCGCGUCCUAUGCGUAUCUCACCUGCGACGGCGAAAUUCAAGGCACCUCAGGCUAUCCCUGGCUUUGACCUCCAGCAGGCUCCAUUUGGCGCCGCCAGUAACAGUGAAAUCACGGACCCUUCCAGUCAAGCAGUGACCAUCGCUCUGCCUCUGCCAAAUUCUACGCAGACAAAGAGUGUCUCAGCGCCUAUCGCUGCAGCUGGUUCCUCGCUAUCACUCAACAGCAAUGCUACCACUGGAUCGUCAAUUGGCGGGUCUCACUCCAUCAACUCUAUGAGCACUGGCACCUCCUCCAGCGCCAGUUUGUCCACGUCGGCGUAUGCAUCUACCGAUGACAUGAUCAGCAUCCCACCAGCAACACAUAUGGGACACCACCAAUUCAAUAGUUUCGAUACCAGUCCCAUCAAAAUGGCGAGUGUUAAUCCCUUCAUUCAGGAGGCUCAACUGCGACAAGUUCUUGCUCAGCAGGCGGAGGACCCCUCCCCGCGAUAUGUCAUUUCGGCCGAGUCCUGGAAACACCACGCGCAAGCUCGUGCCAUCCUCGGAAACUUGAUUGGGCCCAACGGCGAGCAGCUCACGUCGACGGACCCAUACAACACCACUGUUUUCGUGGGUGGAUUGUCGCCUCUCAUUUCUGAGGAUACUUUGAGGACCUUUUUCGCACCCUUUGGAGAUAUCCAUUACGUCAAAGUUCCCGUGGGCAAGCACUGCGGAUUUGUGCAAUUCGUUCGCAAAGCAGAUGCAGAGAAGGCUAUCGAGAAGAUGCAGGGUUUCCCUAUAGGAGGGAGUAGGAUUCGGUUAAGUUGGGGCAGAAGUCAAUAUAAAGCCGCGCAGGCCGCCGCACAAGCUGCACAAACAGCGGCUCUACAGAGUCAUUUCAACUCCAUCGCUCUCCCUGCACCUCUUCCUCACGCUGUGAACACACUCACCCAGGACCAGGCCCUUGAGAUUUUGCAAAAGUUCUCUGCACAGGGAUACUACAAUGGUGGGGGUCCCUCCAGCUCGUAUGAAGUCAGUGAAAUUGAGAAUGCUCUCCUCACAUUUGGAGCUCGCGAGGAGAAGAAAGAAGAAGCACCAGCACCGUCCGCAUCGACGUCGAACUUCACUUCUGCUUCGCGUCCCGAAGUGACUCGCGCUCAGUCGAGCUUCUCGCCAUUCUCCCCUGAUCCGAACAAUUUGUACAUGACCUCGGGAACUACUAGGAGAGAAUCUCCUUACUCGAGGGUGGAGACUUUGCCUCAUCCUUCGAAAGCGUAUGCUCCCGGAUUUUUGUCCCUGCAACCUCCCGAACUCAAGGUCAAUGUUGCCAAUAAUGGUUCUAGUUCGGAGAAGGUCUCGCCGACCUCUGCCCGCCCUUCGAGCGGCGCUCGUUACACUGGCAGUUUCUCAGGAGAUUCUGAACCUCAUACCUCAUUGAAUCGCGCGCCGGGACGUACCGAGGCUCCUAUCUCUCGCCCGUCGUCGGGACAAAUGUCGGUUCCCGCUGCGGAUGCGGAUCCCAUUCAAGAUUUGAACGGGACCCUUGCCAGCCUCGACCUCGACCGUUCGUGGAAGUCUCCUGAGAUCUCCCAGGGCAGGGCUAGUGGUUAG